AUGCAAAUAUUAAAUUUUUUAAAUCAGUUAAAAGAAUUUUAUAUAAAUGAAACUGUAUUAGAUUUAAUUGAUAGUAAAAAACAAUCUAUUGAAUAUUGGAAUAGAAUAUUUCCUAGUGCACCAUUAAUAAAAAAAAUUUCUUGUGAAGAUAUUGGACCAAAUACUAAACAAUCAUUUCAAAUAAUACCAUCAUCAAAAAGAAUUGCAUAUAUGCAAGUUACUUUUGAUUGA